AAGCGCCCUCUACUUAGAUUCAAUAAUUCAUAGAAAGUGAUAAACGUCAAUUUCUUAGUUGUGUAGAAUUGCGCAAAAGUUUUUAUUAUUAAAAUCAACGUAAAUAAAACCCGUAAAAAUGGGUAAAGGAUUCAAUAAUUACAUGUGUAAAAAGUUCUUCCAUCCCGCAUCGCGAGAUAACCUGAAAAGGGUAUGGAUGGCAGAGCAGAAGGCGGAGGCCUAUAAAAAGAAACAAGAAGAGCUUCGACAGCAAUAUGAAAAAGAACAGGACCUCCACGAUAAUAAAGCGAUGCUUAGUAAAGAAAGCAAAGACAAACUAAGUAUAAGUUUUAUGUACGAACCACCCCCCGGAGCUAGAAAGGAACGAGAACGUGAAGACAACGAACCCGAAUAUAAAUUUGAAUGGCAAAGAAAAUAUAAUGCGCCUCGCGAAAGUUAUUGCAAAGGAGAUCAAGAAAUUCGCGAUCAACCAUUUGGGAUUCAAGUACGAAAUGUUAGGUGUAUUAAAUGUCACAAAUGGGGACACAUUAACACCGACAAAGAGUGUCCUAUGUAUAGUUUAUCGAUGAGUGCAGCAAGAUCUUUGGAAGCUGGUCCAAUAUUAGAUCAAAAAUCAUUAGUACAACAAAUGUUGGACGACGGACUUGCUUUAAAAAAACAGCACAUAAACACAUCAGAAUCAAAACGACACGAUUUGUUGUUAAGUGAUGAUGAAAAUGAUGAUAUCGAUAUAAAAUUUAUUAAAUCUUUAAAUAACGAUCAAAAAUUGCUUUUAUUAGAAAAGUUAUUAAAGAUAGAAAAAGAUAAGAAAAAGAAGAAGAAAAGGCGAAGAGCUUCGACGUCAUCUUCAUCGUCAUCAGAUAGUAAAGAGGAAAGCCAAAGGAAACGCAAAAAAAUUAAAAAUGGGAAAAAGAAGAAUAAGAGUGAGAAGGUGAAAAGGAAUAAGAGGAAAACUGAUUCAAAUAGUCACGAAUCACCAAAGAAGAAAUCACGAAGGUCUCCUUCGAGUGAUUCCUCAAGUUCUGAUAGUAGUACUGGGGAGGAGAGACAAGGAAGAAGAAGUCGUAGCAGGGAAAGACAUGGUGAUCAUAAAAAGAAGGAAAAAAGUAGGGACAGAAGAGAAAGAUAUACAAGUGGUGAAAGGAGAUAUCAAUCUAGGCAUUAAUUUAUUAACAAGAUGUAAAUGUUUUUUUUUGUAAUUAAUAAUAAUAAUCAAAGUUGAAAUAAAAAAGUAUAUGAGGUA